AUGCAAUUUGAACAAAGUAUAGAAAAAUUUAGAAAUAUUUUAAAUAAAAAUGAAAAAGUAGAAUCAAAAUAUGUGCCUUGGGAUUGGAUAUUUAAAAAUUUAAUUAAGCUUUUAAUUGAAUAUUCCGAUGGCAGCACCAUUACAAUUAUUAAAACUGAAUUGUUUUUAAAGUGGGGUAUCGAAGGUGUAGAGGUUUUAUUAAAUUUAAAUAAUAACAACAACAAUACUAAUAAUAUUUACAAUAGUAACAAUAAUAACGACGAUAAUGAAAUCAUUUAUAAAAAACCAGUAUCACUUUAUAUGUCAUUUAAAAGAGAGACCAUUCCAUUUGAUACAGUUAUCGAAACAAAUAUCAAAUCAAUUGUCAAAAAUGAGGAGGAGUUUAAUUACAGCGAGGAGUUAUCAAAGAGUCAUACUUGUUCUAUUCUAUUGGAAAUAGGUGAUCAAAAUUAUAUCAAUCAGUUGUGGCUCCACCCUAAAUACCAUUGCUAUAUAAAUGAGUAUUUUGGCGACUCACCUUUAAUUUCUAUUGGCAGAAGGAUUAGAUUUACAAAUACACUCCAGCAAUAUUCAAAUAUAAAAAAUAAAAUAGAUAAUAAUGAUGGUAAAAAUAAUAUAGAUAUUAAUAAUAAUAGAAAUAAUACAGAUAGUGCAAAUAAUGCAGAUGGCGAUAACAACAAUGAGAGUAAUAAUAAUAAUAAUAAUAAUAAUAAUAAUAAUAAUAAUAAUAAUAAUAAUAAUAAUAAUAAUAAUAGUAAAACUAAAUCAAAAAAAGAGCAACAGAAAAAAGAUCAAAUUAUUAUGCCAUCAAGAGUUUUAUCAUUUUUAUUGAAUGAUAUUCAAGAGUUAUCAUAUAGUGAGAGAAUGAACCAUUUUAAAUUAUCAAAUAUAUUGAAGUUAAAUAUCUUCCCCAACGAAACUACCGUAUUAUGGCUAAAGGUUAAUAAGAUAUUUAAAGUUAAACACGAAGCCAAUGAAAUAAAAUGGAAUCGUACUAUUCCCUACGAUGAUUUCUUAGGCCACAGUAUAAAACAGGUUGUAAUGCUUUCAGAAGUUAGAGAGAGUUGGAGAAAAGAUAGUGAUCAGCUUUAUCAAGUAGAGUUAAUUUUCUGGGAUGAAUUGGUUGGUUUUGCAAGGUUAUUACAAAAAAACGAAAAAAUUAGAUUAAAAGGUGUAUUUUUUAAAUCUAUAAAUGAUAAUAUUAUAACUCUAGAAUUUUUACCAACAUCAUCUAUUUCAAUUUUAUCAGAUACAUCUAAAAUUAACAAUAACAACAACAGCAAUAAUAAUAAUAUAGAUAAUAUAGAUAAUAUUAAUAUAGAUAAUAAUAGUCUUGAAGAGUAUGAAAAUAAAACCGAAAUUAAAGAUAUAAAGAGUAAUGGAAAGAGUAAUGUCUCAUUGUUUUCAAGGGUUUAUAGCGUUGACUAUUCAAACUAUCCAAAUGAAAUUAUAGUUAGGGUUAAUCAAGAAUCAAAUUUAAAUCAAUUUUUAGAUAUUCAUUUUAGACAAAGUAAUAUUGGUAUAACGUUUAAUAAAGAUAAAUUUGAAAUUGGUCAAUUGGUUUAUUUUAAUAAUUUGGAUAUAGAAUAUAACAAUGAUAAUAUAAUUGCAUUCUUUAAUAAUAAUAGAGUUAAUAACCCAUCAAAUUUUAUAAUAGUUUCAAAAAUUCAAGGUAUUUUAACUACCAAAUUUCUUUAUAAAAGUAAUUUAAAAUUAAAGGAUUUAAACAGUCAUUUAAACUCUGUUAUUUUAUCAACUAUAGUGGGCGUAAACGAAGGCAAUGAGCCAUUUUUAAAGAAGGUACAUUCAAUUUGUUCGGGUUAUGGCGAUUUGGUAUAUGAUAGUAAUGGGCAAUGUAGAUGUAGUGAAUGUAAUAGAACCAUUGUUGAUCCAUCUAGCGAAGUAACAAAUAAUUUUAAUUUAUAUUUUAAAUUAAAGGAUGGUGGUGAACCAAUCGAGUGUGCAGAAGCUAAUAACGAGGCCAACAAUUUUAAAAUUUAUGCAACUUCCGAUGUAAAUUUACAACUAUUACAAAUUAAUCAAAUGGAAUUAGAACAACUUUCAAAUGGAAAUAAAAAGAAAUUGGUAGAUUUAUUAAAAGGGUGUAUGUUUUAUUUUUCUGUUUCUAAAGUUAAUAAGAACGAGUUUAGAAUUGAUUCAUGCAUAAAUCACCAAUAA